UUCGUUAGGCAUAUAUUUGUGGACCAAUCAAUUUCUUUAUGUUUAUGGUUAUGCGCUUAUGCAAAAGUGUGUGCUCCCCGCUAUACGCUGUUUCGUGCCCUUUGCGUUCUUUCUCUCACUCGCACAUAACAUAGCGUUCUCUUUCGCUAAGCUACGCGCGAGCGAGAGAGAACGUAAGGAGCACGAAACAGAGUGUGUCUUUUUCUACAUGUAUCUUUAUCCCCACUCUUUAAAGGCUCGAUCUAGAUUGUCUAUAGUUCUAUGGUUUUGAUCAUAUUUCGAAGAGCAUGGGGCAUUCAGGGCUCAGGGACAUUGUUAAACUGUGAUUGGUCCUCAUAUGCCCUCAUGUUUUCAAGAUAAAGUUUGUGCAUCUUGAUUUAUCUUAAUUUAACUUAUUUAUUCCGGUAAAUGGGUAAAUCAUGAUGAAUCGACUAACUAUCCUGAAACUUUACAAAGAUAUUCUGAGAUAUGGAGAAACUUUGAAAUUUACAAAUAAGGGGUACUUUCGACAUAGAGUACGAGUAGCUUUCAAGGAUAAUAAAAAUCUGACCGAUGAAGCGAUGAUAGAUUUUCAACUAAAGGUAUGAAAUUUUUAGAAGCCAAAAAAGUGAUAUAAAUCGCAUUUUAUAACACAAGAGACAAAGUAUGAAAAUAUAGUCUUCUUUACUCUUCAGUAGAUUUUUGUUCUUUGAAACAUACUUCCCAUACAACAUUUUAUAAAGAGAAUC